AUGCCGCAGCGCAGCUCCAGCACCGACCCGCGCGCCGUCGCCGUCGCCGACCUCGAUGUCGUGCACGCCGGCUGGGUGCUCAAGAAGAAGCGCAAGAAGAUGCAGGGCUAUGCCAAGCGCUACCUUAUCCUCACCAAGGAGGGCCUGCUCACCUACUCGCUCUCGCCCGACAAGACGACGCGCGACGCCAUCGAGAUCCCGCACGCCAGCGUCACGAGCAGCAAGCGCCACGGCACGCUGCACGUCGACAGCGGCUCGUCCGUCUUCCACAUCAAGGUGCUGAGCCCGCAGGACUUCGACACGUGGCGCAACCACCUGCGCUCCUUCAUCCCCGAGCGCCCGGCCGGCGGCGCACAGCGCAUCUAUGUCAGCUCCAGCGGCGGCACGGAGCUCAAGAGCGUCGACCUCUCGCCCAUCUUCACGAGCACCGACGGCGUGACGAAGCUGGCGGCCGAGGUGCAGAACCGCGUGCAAGACAUGAAGGCCAAGGGCCUGGCGCAGCCGAGCCUCUUCAGCAGCCUCUUCGCCACAGCUCAUGGAGCUGCUACAGGCCAGGGCACGGACCCGAUGGCCGAGCUCAGCACGCUCGUCGAGACGCUCGUCAACGAGACGGCGAACCUGCAGCACGCCAUCGACUCGCGCAUUCCGCGCGUGGGCGAGGCCGACGGCACGAUGGACACGCUGCACUCGCGGCGCGGCGGCCUCUCGUCGCGCAUGAGCAUCAGCAGCUUCCACACGACGGGCACGGGCGAGGCGACGUUCUUCGACGCCGACGCCUCGGGCGAGGGCCUGGGCUUCGACGACACGGAGCGCAGCGCGACGGGCGAGUCGAGCGGCGCCGAGGAUGACGGUGAGGACGACAGCGGCGACGACGAUGCCACCGUCGACGGCGGCAAGGGCAGCGGCAGUGCCGCCAGCGGCUCCAAAGUGCAGUACCGCACCACGCUGCCGUCCAAGGUCUCGGGCGACGACGUGUCGCUCUUCUCGAUGCUCAAGAAGAACGUCGGCAAGGACCUCAGCACUGUCUCGUUUCCCGUCUCGUUCAACUGCCCGCUCUCGCUGCUGCAGGCGUCGGCCGAGGAGUACGAGUAUGCGCCGGCGCUGCUCGAGCGCGCCGCCAAGACGGAGGACUGGAUCGAGCGCAUCUGCCUCGUGGGUGCCUUUGCCGUGAGCGGCUACGCCUCGACGAAGCUGCGCGCCAGCCGCAAGCCCUGGAACCCGCUGCUGGGCGAGACGUACGAGUGCGUGCGCGAGGACAAGCACCUGCGCUUCAUCGCCGAGAAGGUCGUGCACCAGCCGCCUGUCGUCGCGACGUAUGCAGAGGGCCGCGGCUGGAAGUGCUUCGGCUGGAGCGCCGUCAAGAACAAGUUCUGGGGCAAGUCGCUCGAGCUGAUCCCGGAGGGCAGCCUGCGCCUCGAGCUCGACGACGGCGAUGUCUUCACGUUCUCGAAGCCGAGCUCGUUCAUGCGCAACCUGCUGGCGGGCAACAAGUACCUUGAGCACGUCGGCGACCUCGAGGUCACAAACGAGAACACGGGGCAGCGCAUCGUCAUCAACUUCAAGGAGGGCAACAUGUGGGGCUCGGACAGCAGCCGCAACCAGGUGGCGGGCAAGGUGUACGACGACAAGGGCAAGGUGGUGACGGAGUGCAAGGGCCGCUGGAGCGACAAUUUUGCCAUCCAGAAGGACAAGGAGAACUACCAGGUGCUCUGGGAGGCCGAGGAGAUGCCCGACAAUGCCGAGGACUACUACGGCUUCACCAAGUUUGCCAUGUCGCUCAACGAGAUCACCAAGGACAUCGAGCCCUACCUGCCGCCGACGGACUCGCGCCUGCGGCCAGACCAGCGCGCAUUCGAGGAGGGCAAGGUGCAGGAGGCCGAGGAUCUCAAGCAGAAGGUCGAGAACGCCCAGCGCGAGCGCCGCAAGAACGGCACGACGUUCGAACCGCUCUGGUUCCACAAGGAGGACGACGACCCGGAAUGGAAGUACGGCGGCAAGGACGGCCUCACGUACUUCAAGGCGCGCGCCAAGGCGGCCGGCGACGACAAGGCCGCCGAGAAGGAGGACGGCAAGGACGUGCCCGGCGGCAAGGACGCGUGGAAGAACUGCCCGACGUGA